GACUUGGGAAGGGCGGGGCGGCCUGUGUGGUGGGGUGAAGGUUUCACUGGGAGUCUUCCCCGGAGAGUACUGGGAAUCUGCGGCGUGUGAGGGAGAGUGGUGGCUUUUUAGACGUUUCUUCUCUUUUUUUUUGACAAGAGGCGAUCUCUUUCUCUUCUCUUUGUGUUUGCUUUGAUCUUUGGGGAUCUGUUACUAGCCAAGCUGCAACAAUGCCUGUGUUUCAUACGAAGACGAUAGAAAGUAUUCUUGAGCCGGUCGCUCAACAAAUCUCUCAUCUGGUGAUUAUGCACGAAGAGGGUGAAGUCGAUGGGAAAGCAAUACCUGACCUUACUGGCCCCGUUGCUGCCGUGCAGGCAGCUGUCAGCAAUCUGGUCAGGGUUGGGAAAGAGACAGUGCAGACUACUGAAGAUCAGGUCAUGAAGAGGGAUAUGCCACCAGCCUUCAUCAAGGUUGAAAAUGCCUGCACUAAAUUGAUCCAGGCCGCACAGAUGCUGAAAGACAAUCCAUAUGCUGUACCUGCACGUGAUUACCUCAUUGAUGGUUCCAGAGGUAUUCUUUCUGGAACAUCAGACUUGCUCUUGACAUUUGAUGAAGCAGAGGUCCGUAAAAUUAUCCGUGUCUGCAAAGGCAUCUUGGAAUAUCUCACAGUUGCUGAAGUGGUUGAAACUAUGGAGGAUUUGGUUACUUACACUAAAAACUUGGGUCCAGGAAUGACUAAAAUGGCUAAGAUGAUUGAUGAAAGACAGCAGGAACUGACUCAUCAAGAACACAGGGUUAUGCUGGUGAAUUCCAUGAACACAGUGAAAGAACUUCUUCCUGUACUCAUUUCAGCUAUUAAGAUUUUUGUGACUACGAAACAAUUCAAAAGCCAAGGAGUGGAAGAAGCUCUGAAGAACCGGAACUUCACUGUGGAAAAGAUGAGUACUGAAAUCAAUGAGAUCAUUCGUGUUUUGCAGCUAACAUCCUGGGAUGAAGAUGCUUGGGCUAGUAAGAAGGAUACAGAAACAAUGAGAAGAGCUCUAGCUAUGAUUGACUCAAAGAUAAACCAAGCCAAAAACUGGCUGAGUGAUCCGAAUGCACCUCCAGGUGAUGCUGGGGAGCAGGCAAUCAAACAAAUACUGGAUGAAGCUGGCAAAGUUGGAGAACUUUGUGCAGGCAAAGAACGGAGAGAAAUUCUGGGCACCACCAAGGCUUUGGGCCAGAUGACUGAUCAAGUAUCUGAGCUCCGAGCCAGAGGUCAAGGUGCCACACCCAUUGCCAUGCAAAAAGCACAGCAAGUAUCCCAAGGUCUGGACAUGUUAACAGCUAAGGUGGAGAAUGCAGCCAGGAAACUGGAAGCCAUGACUAACUCAAAGCAGGCCAUUGCCAAGAAAAUAGAUGCUGCUCAGAGUUGGCUGGCAGAUCCACAUGGAGGUCCUGAGGGAGAAGAGAACAUCCGUGGUAUUUUAACAGAGGCUAAGAGAAUUGCGGAUCUUUGUGAGGACCCCAAAGAACGGGAUGAUAUACUACGUUCGAUUAAUGAAAUAGGAGCAUUAACAGCCAAGCUCUCCGACUUGAGGAGGCAAGGUAAAGGUGACACCCCAGAAGCACGUGCUCUGGCUAAGCAAAUUGCUACCACGUUGCAGAAUUUACAGACCAAGACAAACCGAGCAGUGGCCAACAGUAGGCCAGUAAAAGCAGCAGUUAAUUUGGAAGGCAAAAUAGAGCAAGCCCAGCGCUGGAUUGAUAAUCCUACAGUUGAUGGGCGUGGUGUGGGCCAGGCAGCUAUCCGUGGACUUGUUGCAGAGGGACGUCGACUGGCUAAUGCAAUGAUGGGACCUUAUCGUCAGGAACUGACUGGAAAGUGUGACAAAGUAGAACAGCUGGCUGGACAACUUGCAGAGCUGGCAUCCCGAGGUGAAGGAGACAGUCUUCAGGCCAGAGCAAUUGCUGCACAACUACAGGACGCACUAAAAGACUUAAAAGGCAAAAUGCAAGAAGUCAUGACCCAAGAGGUAUCUGAUGUUUUCAGCGACACUACCACUCCAAUUAAGUUACUUGCUGUAGCAGCCACAGCCCCUCGGGAUGCACCAAAUAGAGAAGAGGUGUUUGAGGAGAGGGCAGCUUACUUUGAGAACCAUGCUGCCAAACUUGGUGCUACAGCAGAGAAAGCUGCUGCUGUUGGAGCUGCAAACAAAAGCACAGUAGAAGGUAUACAGACAGCUGUGAAAUCUGCUCGAGAGUUAACACCACAGGUGGUUUCCGCUGCUCGUAUCUUGUUGAGAAACCCUGGUAACCAGGCUGCCAGUGAACAUUUUGAAACCAUGAAGAACCAGUGGAUUGACAAUGUUGAGAAAAUGACUGGUUUGGUGGAUGAAGCUAUUGAUACCAGGUCUCUAUUGGAUGCCUCUGAGGAGGCUAUCAAGAAAGAUAUAGACAAGUGCAAGGUAGCUAUGGCCAAUGUACAACCUCAAAUGCUGGUUGCUGGAGCAACAAGCAUUGCACGUCGUGCAAACCGAAUUCUUUUGGUUGCUAAGAGAGAAGUUGAAAACUCAGAAGACCCAAAAUUCCGUGAAUUGGUGAAGGCAGCAUCUGAUGAUCUAAGCAAAACCAUCUCUCCUAUGGUAAUGGAUGCUAAAGCUGUAGCUGGGAACAUUUCAGAUCCUGGUUUGCAGAAGAGUUUCUUGGAUUCAGGAUAUCGAAUUUUAGGAGCUGUGGCUAAAGUUCGAGAAGCCUUCCAGCCUCAGGAGCCAGACUUCCCUCCUCCACCACCUGAUCUAGAUCAACUCCAUCUGAAUGAUGAACCUGCUCCUCCCAAACCACCACUUCCUGAGGGUCAGGUUCCUCCACCAAGACCGCCGCCUCCUGAGGAAAAAGAUGAGGAAUUCCCGGAAAUGAAAGCAGGAGAAGUGGUGAAUCAACCUAUGAUGGAGUCUGCCAGGCAGUUACACGAUGAAGCUAGAAAAUGGUCUAGCAAGGGUAAUGACAUCAUUGGUGCUGCAAAGAGGAUGGCCUUAUUGAUGGCAGAAAUGUCACGACUGGUGCGUGGUGGCAGUGGAAACAAACGUGCCCUUAUUCAUUGUGCUAAGGACAUAGCUAAGGCAUCUGAUGAAGUGACACGACUGGCAAAGGAAGUUGCCAAACAAUGUACUGAUAAACGAAUCAGAACAAACCUUCUACAGGUCUGUGAACGUAUCCCAACUAUUAGCACACAACUUAAAAUUCUCUCUACUGUCAAAGCUACAAUGUUGGGGCGCACUAACAUUAGUGAGGAGGAAUCUGAGCAGGCUACGGAAAUGUUGGUUCAUAAUGCUCAGAACCUGAUGCAGUCCGUUAAGGAAACUGUGCGAGAAGCAGAGGCUGCUUCCAUUAAGAUCAGAACAGAUGCAGGAUUCACGCUCCGUUGGGUUCGGAAAACUCCAUGGUACCAGUAAACCAAGAGGAUUGCCUGGUCCAAUCCAUUUUGGUGCAGAAGCAGAGAGAAUUUCUCUUGGAUCAACAAAAUGUUCUACAUCUACUGGGAGUGUAAAAUGAAUCAGAAUGGCAGUGCUAUUUUAGUGUUAACAUAAUUUUUAUAAUUCACAGCAUUCACUACUAACAAAAUCUUUGAUAUUUAACAGUUAUAAUAUUCAUUUUGUGUGUACAAUACUUCUACCAGAAUUAUAAAAUUAGCUGAAUAUUGAAAAAUGGCUUUGUUUACUUCUGCUUCAGUUUUUCUCAAAUCACACUUUAAGAACAGUGUAUUGCUUCAAUAUCUGUUCCCAAUUUAUCCCUACUAGGCAGAAUGAAUCAUACUUUUCAUUUGAAAUACAAUUGACAUAGAAAAGUGACAUCUUCUCUAUGUCCUGCCAUUCACAAAUAUAAAGGACUGCUGUAUGUCAAUAGAUAAAAUGUAUGGCUGUAACCUAUGACCAGUUUAAUAUAAUACCAACAGUGCUUUCUUUUCAAAUGGGAAUAUUGUACAACAUUUUGGGGGCAACUUAUGUACACUAUUUUUCCGGGUGCCACAUGUUUGAUCUAUUUCGACCCUGCAAGUUGUCUUUUUGUUCAACACUAUUACAGACACUUCAUAUGCUUGCUGUGGGUGGAGCUGGAUGGUUGGACAGCUAUACUGUGGCAGAGUAUAUGCUUAGCUGGUUAAAAGAUUUGUUUAUUUCCUAUUUCUAUUCUUGCAAUCCUUGAGCAUGGAUUCAGUUGCUAAGCCAAAGACUGUGUAUGCUAAAUUUAUUUUAAGAAUUGGUAUAGUUUAUUGAGAGAUGUGCUGCCAAUCAUGGAACAUGGAAAUGUAUUUGGCCUGAUGCUCUUGAGUACUAGUAAUUGAAGAGUACGUGAUUGUUAAACAUGAAUACACAAUUUAUGUGCUCAAAUACUGGCUCAGUACACUGUCCUUAAGAUUAGGCAUGAUACUCCUUUGGAUACUUGUAGCUGUUACAAUCAAGGACUUGAUAAGGAAUUAUCUGUUUCCCAACUAGACAACAUUACUUAAUUUGAAAUCUACAUUAUUGUGAUCUUAAGUCUGGACUAAAUAUGCGAUGGUUUAUGAAAAAUUUAUUGACAAAUGAAAAUCUGUUUUGCUAGUUAGUCGAUAAGAAAGUGACAAACUUUCUGCUUUUUAACAUGGCUACAUUUGAAUAUAAGAUAAUGGUGUAUAAAAUGCUGUUUGGGAACUAAAUCAGAAUGUAAUUUGGGUCGGUUGGUUUCUGUGCAAAGAAAUGAGAGCAGGUUAAGUCUUUGUAAGCUAAAUUGGUUGUUCAUAAUAUUUUUUAAGAUAUAUUGAAUCAUUUCUGGAAUGAAGAACUUUUUAUUUACAAGCAAUUAACUUCCAAGUAAUGGGUAUUUUAAUCGAAAACAUAUAAAUGCACAAUUGCUUCACAAUAUAUUGUUUAAUUUUGCAUUCAUCCAUACCUUCCACUGGGACCUGAAUGAAUGAGUGUUUCAAAAUUUACAGAUUUGUGUAUGCGUGUAUUCAAUAAGUACUGUCCUGCACUGCCAAUAUGCAAUUAUCUAAAAUGGGUAUUAUUUCCAUACCAUAAGUUGUCAAAGUAUUAGAAUAUUCAAAUGAUUAAAAAUCCCCAAAAUAUAUUUCUUCCAUAUUUAAAUGAUUUUCAAUAACUGCUCUCAAAUUCAGCAGUAUUUGUUGAAAUUUGUUAUUUUCCAACAUGAAUCUUCGCAGACAAGAUUUUAAAAAAUAUAUUUGUUGCAAAUUUGAGAUUGGGUAUAGAAAAACAUGGAAGAUAAUUUUAAGAAACAUUAUUAUUGGUGUUAUUUAGACUUAGUUAUGUACUUGCAUACUUUUAUGAAAACUGAUUAGUUACAUCCAUAAUUGACUUCUCAUGCACGUGAAAGUUGUAGCCUUACUGUACCGAACACAUUUUUAAAAAAAUCGCAUAACCAAAGGGAUGAGAAGCAAAGCUUUCUGCCAUGGCUGCAAUUCUUAAGGAGUUGACACUUAUUUAUCUUGCCACAGUUGGCUUUGAGAGCAGGCUAAAUAUAGACCAUGAUUGCAAUUGAGUUACAAUAGUAUUUUAAUUAUCCUGAGAGGAUCAAAACUGCAGAAUGCAGGUGCUUAGUUAUUUAAUAGUUUGAAAAUUGCAGUCACAAUUAAGUUUUUUUGUUGCCAGCAGCUACAAACUCUUCAACGUUUCAAUCACAUGGAGUUUUUUUUUUUAAUGCUUUCAUGGGAUGUGAGCAUUGCUGGCAUGGCCAGCAUUUGUUGCUCAUCUCUAAUUGACCUUGAGACUGCUGCAGUUCAAAUUGAAAGGUUAAAAGAAAUCUUGGAACUAUUCUGUCAACCCUAAUUCUCCCUCCAGCCCAUCAGAUGGCAAUUGUGAAUAUCAUGUGACUGCAUGUCAAUCAUUCACACUAAAGAAUCAUGGGUAUAAUGAAAUGUACUGUAUCUAACGAGUAAUCUUGAAAUUUUCUAAGUAGCAGAUAGCCUUAAUGCAUGAUAUUACUGCAGCUUUAAUGUAAAUAUGGAAAACGUUACAACAUUAAGAGGAAGUCAUUGCUUUCAUUAAAAAUGACUCUUGCUGAAGAAUAUUUACUCAUCUGUUUAUUUGGCUACUUGAGUUAUCAGAGCAUUUUGUGAUUCUAACAACGUCUGUUGACUCACCAUUUUAGUAUAAAGCCUUUCUAUACUUAAAUACAUGUUAUGGCAUGUGAUCUUUACACUGGAUACUGUGAAUCCUUAAACAUAUUUGAUCUAGUUUUGGAACUAGGAAUAUGUUCAGACUCCCAUGUCCAGUUUCAGUGGAAGACAUUAAAAAGUGGAGAUAAAACUUUAUAAUUAUGGUACACUCUUUAAAGUCCUUUGCCAUACAAAUGAUAUAUUAAAUAUGGUGAUGUGGGUGGAACAAGUUUUCCAUUGGAAAUGGCAACUUGUAUUUAGUGUUUGGGCUAGAUUUUUCAUUGAUUUGAUGUGGAUCACUUUGAUUAUAAUUGAGAAAGAUGCCUCAGUAAUGACAGAUAAAAAGAGCCAUGCAAUAAAAAGGAUUCGCUAGAACUUAGCUCAAAAGUAAGACAGUCCCUAUGAUUGAAUCAGGAACCAUAAACUGCUUUCACCAGUGAAGAGUAUUUAUAAAACCUAGAAUACUUAACUGUAUGGUAACUCUGCAUCUCAUGGAGUUUUGUAUUUUACAAAGAAUAUAAACGAUUCAGAGAAAUAUUGGCUAUAACCAGGAUUUAUAACUGUUUGAACUAAAUUUGUCAUUAGCUGCAUUAUAAGUACCUGCAUUUUUAAAUAAAGUAUUUUGUAACAUUU